CUGACCCCUUCCACUCACCGCUGCCUGUUUCAGAGCGUUGGAUGGCGGAUACGCUUCUUAGGUCGGCGUGAGAUUACUUUGAACGCUUCGUUUAACAAUAUGACGGACCUUUCGAUUUCUUACCCUGUUCCGGAACCAGCUAUUGUGGAUCCCUCGGCAGUGAGGAACGGACAAUGCACCGCUGCCCAGGAUUCAAGCCUAUCCAAAGUGGGUGGGCAGGACGACCCUUUCGAUAUGGACCGGGACCAGGAGAUGAAAAUUACAGAUAGCGUAGAAGGACAAGGUCUGUUGGAGAGCAGUAUGCGUCUGAAGCCCCACGAAGCUCAGAGUUACAGGAAGAAGGCACUGUGGGUGUCAUGGAUCUCCAUUGUGGUCACACUAAUUCUGGCUGUGGCAGCAUUCACUGUAUCCUUCAUGAGGCACAGUGCAUCUGCCUUUGGAUUUGCAUUCGAUGCUACGUUAGAUGUGCUGUCGUCCGUCAUUGUGCUCUGGCGAUAUAGCAAUGCAGCGGCUGUGCAUUCUGCCCACAGAGAGUACAUAGCCUGUGUGAUCCUGGGUGUAGUGUUUAUCCUUUCAUCCAUGUGUAUCCUGGGGAAAGCCAUCCAUGAUCUGGCCACCAAGCUUCUGCCUGAAGUGGAUGACUUCCUCUUUAGUGUGUCUGUUGUGAGUGGGCUCACGUGUAUCAUUCUGGCUGUUGCCAAGUUCAUGCUGGGAAGAGUGUUAACCAGCAAAGCCCUAAUCACCGACGGUUUUAACUCAUUGGUUGGAGGCAUCAUGGGUUUCUCCAUCCUCAUCAGUGCAGAGGUCUUUCGUCAUAAACCUAGUGUCUGGUUCCUGGAUGGUACCAUUGGGGUUCUCAUUGGGCUCAUCAUUCUGUCUUAUGGAAUAAAGUUGUUGAUCGACAUGGUGCCACGGGUUAGACAAACAAGGAACUAUGAGCGUUUCGAGUGAGUGAGAGUCAGGUGAUGAGUGGGGUCGCUGUACACACAGGAGGACACUUACAUGCUGCGAUUCCCGUCUCCUUCAUGUUCUCACACCUCUACGUCCCACAAACACACACAAGCACACAUACGCACUCACUCUCACAUACACCCAGAUCAAGAAAUAUUACAGUGGCUGCACCAUCUUCAUCUCAGAAGCAGUUUACAAGACCAGUCAUGCUUCCUUUCAUCCUCAAUCUCAGUCUGUCAGUAGAUGAAGAAGAGGAGCAGCAAGGAAGACAAGUAAGAGAUGAUCUCCAAGUUCAGUCCUGGCAUAAGAAUCCAGUUUCUUAACAAAUGGGUCUCAAUAUGAGCAAUGACUGAAUGAUGAAAGGCCAACUCAUUUAUCUCAGUUGUCAGCUGUGGUAUGUAAAUCAAAAUACUUGCAAUGCUUUGUUGUUCUCCUCCAUCUUCAUCCUGACAUGCUUUUUUUUUUAAAUAUCCAGUUUCACAUAUAUUUGCUCACCACAAUCUUAUAGACACCACCCCAUAGCUCUCAUAAUGUGAUGUGUUCCUCCAACCAGAGGUCAAAUGGGUGACCUGCUGUGUCUAACCUCACACCUGCUGUGUCUAACCUUAGCGCUCCACACAUGGCCCCUUCCUGGCUCCUUCUCUUGCCCCAUUUCCUUACAACCAAAGCCUUGUUAUUCCAGAGAAAUUUCAUUAAAAAAUGUGACUUCAUCUAGAAGGUCACUGAGCCAGGGACAUGCAGAGCUCCCAGGCCAGUCCUUGAUAAUGGAAGUCCUGGAUAGCUCAGUGAACUGAAUGCACAAGAGGACGCAUGAUUUCUUGCCCAAGGUUGUGCUAAGUGCAAUCUUAGAGUGUGAAUGUAAAGGUCAAAGGCCAGUCCUUUUACGCUCAGUGUAAAGUCAACAAGCAGAAAGGAGAAACUUAAAAAUCCCUGAGAUGUAGACAAAAGAGGCCACCGUAGAUCAGGGGUGACCUGUAGAGAUUCAAUGCUCACCACUCAUGUAAAUAGCAUUACAUAGCAAUGUUACCAUAUCAGCAUUAGUAGCUGUAGUGCUGUGCUAGCAUUUGAUUUAAGCUUUUCAGUCCUUCUUUUGCCACUUAUCUUGCAGCAAUUAAGCUGCAUGGAUCCCACAAACACCAGGUUUACUUGUUUUGAGAAGUAUUCUCUAAGGCUUUGGAAGAGCAGGUCUUUCUGGGUUUGUAUGUAUGCCUAAUAUUUCAUGUUUAUUUAUUAUGUAUAUUUAUUUCAUUGCCAGAGAGAAGAAUACCUCUCAUAGUCUGCUCCUUGAACUGUAGUGUGGGGAUCAUUUAAGAUUAAGCCUGGCAUGCUUGCACACAUGCACCUGUUUGCCAAAACCAGUAGGGAUAGUUUCCUUUUACUGCCAAGAGGAACGCAGAUUAGGUAAUGUUAAAGGACCUACUGGUGUUACAGAGCUUGGUAUAUCAGUGUUUGUAAUCUGUUAUUAGAAUGAUUGAUGUACAGAGUUAUAAUGGCAUGGUUUUAAAUGGUAUAGUAAUAUCAUCAAUUUGCAAUUAGUUCUUGACCAGCAAGAGACAGACAGGGUUUGUCAGGAGAUAAUAAUCAUCAGUUUAUCAUUAACAAGGUUUUUUGCCUAUAUUUUAUAUACCCUACAUUCAAAAUGAACAGUAUAUUCAUGUCACUUUCAGAUGCUUGUAAUGAACCAUAAUCCACAGAGUUGGCCAAAGUACUGACAUUUUCCCCAUCUGUAAACUUGCACAGUCACUGGUUGUCUUUAGUUCUGGAACAUUCCAGCAGCUUCACACUAAGGGUAUAGUUACUCCCCAAAACGUUCCACUAACUUUUAUACCUCAUGGUGCAGAGAGACAGAUAAAAAAUAAGUCUGUCAGUUGAUGCCUGAAAACUGCAUAAGCAAACACUCCAAACAAGAGUCCACAAGGUGUUCCUGAAAUAAUGACUGGUUGUGUCGUUAUGUCAGACAUUGGUAGAAGUGUUGUACACAUCAAAAGUGGACCAAAGGCAGUUGUCCAGAACAGCCAUCAGAACUCCCAGAGCACAUUUGGAUGGCUGCGAGUCUAACUUUCACUACUGCAGCUUGUCAUUGUUAAAUGGAGUCUACAUUAGACAGCGGGGUCCAUAAGGGGUGGGGGGUGGAGGGGUGGAUUUGGAUCUACUGAAGAACUGCUGAAGUCUGCAGAGAGUGAUUGAGAUGAGUGAGUGUAUCUACACACACAGUGGCAUUAGUUAAAAAAGAAGCGUGUUUCAGAUCAUGUCUGUUGGCACAUGCAUAAGCUCAUCUUUAUCACAGAAUCGCAAUAAUGAAAUAAAUCACGCAACCCACACAAGAACACCAACUCCUCCUGCUCUGGGGGUCCUCCUGAAACUAAAUAAAUAGCGACUGGAUCACACUGUAGAUGUUUGAAGAUCUGAAGUCAUUCCAAGGUUUAAUUCUACCCCUUUUCAUGAUUUGAACAUGAACACAUACCCACAACACACAUGCACACGCAACCCUCUUUAGGUAAUAAGAUGUGGUGUUGUGUUAUGAUCAGAAACAGUAAUGUAAUUUUGCACAACUCAGAAAAUGUCACAUAGUGAUUUCAUUUUUGGUUUACUAGUUUACAUGAAAUCACAGUUACAUUGUGUUGUUCUACAUAAGUAUUUAUAUGAUAAAUAUAGCUUUGUACAUUAUAGAUAUGGAGUUGAAUAAUAUUGUUUCCUGAUUGAUAAUACAUAAUUAUGUCAUGCUAUCUCUAAAGAGGUUGUUAAUGACAUUAUUAAAUGCAUUUUAUAAGCAAUGUAGAUGACUAGCAUAUGUGUCUUUACGUACAUGCAGUAGAUUUGGUAUUGGAAGUUACAGAGUUCCUGUACAAUGUAAAGUGAUCUGAGUGCGAUGUUCUCUCUGCUCUACAUCUCAGCUCACCUACAGCACACUGAUAUGUAUCCUGAAACAAUGUAUCCUGUUGGAAGACAAUCACAGGCCAGUUCAUAAUGGCUAAUUACUCUCUGUAGGAAAGCUUGUUUUGUUUUGAUGCAUAUAUGCUGUUGAGGCCAUUUAUAUGCACUUAAUUUUAUUAUUAUUUUUGUUUUGUUUUUCAAAAUGUACUAAACCUUCUGUGAUGCCUGAAUUAUUGUUACAAUAAUUCAGGUGUUACAACAAAUUCUUAUAUGUUAUAAUCAUACUGUAUCAAAUUUUAUAAUCAUGUUAUAUUUAUUUACAUUUUAAUGACUACCGCCAAUGUCCUGCAAUAGUUAAUAUGAAAGUUUAGCUUUUUUUUCUUUCGUUUUUUAAUAAAUAUUUGACCCAGGUGUAAACCGUAGACACUUAAUGGACUAGUAGAUCUGCCUGGGCUGAUCAUUUGUGUAUAACUGAUGGUCAUGCAAUGUUAACUGAAUUCUGCUUGUUGUUGUUACUGUAAAAAUGAUCUUUUCAUAGAAAACUGUGAUCGUAUUUUAAAUAAUUGUAUGUGAAAUUGUUUUACUUUAAAUAGAGCUGAUCUUGCAUGAACACACACACACACACACACACACACACACACACACACACACACACACACACACACACACACACACACACACACACACACACACACACACACUGCUAUACUCAUGCUAUAAUGUAUAGGCGUACGUGUAUAGUUAGCAAUAGUCAGUGCCCAGCGGAAGACCACCUAGUUUGCUUCGCAUGGGAAGAAGAGCGAACUUUCUUCUUCGGAGUGCUUGGACAGGUGUUUAUGCGGAGAUUGUAUUUCCUGUGUAAAUGAUCUCGGUCCCAAAGAGGAUUAUAUCUAACUGUAAAUAUGAAAUUUGUCAGUGGUACUUCUGGAAAUGUACCAUACAUUUCUGCAGAGCACAUGACAAAAGGUAGAUCGUUUCGACCAAAAUGUUAU